AUGGCGUCAAACAGUCUCCACUCUUCCAGCCUAUCGCUAUCAUCAUUAGACAGUUCACUUGUUAAUAAUGGUAACGAGUUCCCUAACACAACAUCGGAAGAUAGUUUCAGUUUUCAAAUAUCCGAAAUUCUUGGCCUUGACGAUUCUGUUGAAUCACAGAUCAAUAUCAAACAACUACAAAUCAACGGUCGCCAAGGAUUAAUUUCUAUUAAAGAUGAAAUUGCACCGGCUGUGUACAAUGAGCAAAUGAAUAAUAAAGAUAGUGAGUUAUUACAAUUAUUGAAACGCUAUUAUGAACAGCAGUGGCAGUCGAUUAGAGAUGACUGGUUUCAGAUAGUCUUAAGACAGCAGAAGGUAGAAUUACCAGAGAUAUACGAACAGAUUCUUAUACGUGCAGCUGAAUACGGUUCAAAAUAUUUGAAAGAUGAUCCAAUAUUUUCACUGGUUGUACAAUUUCUAUUUGAACUUGAUGAUGAUGUAAUGAAAAAUGAAACAGAAUUAGACAAUAUUUGGAAAACUUUGUUAUCAUGCGGUUGUCAAGGUUUAAAGCACUAUACAAACGACCUGUCACCGGCUGUAAUUCAACAGCAAUUGACAGAUGAUUCAAGUUCACUAGCUAUGGCUCUUCGUCAGCAUUAUCGACAACCUUUAAACGAUCUGUUAAAAAAAGAAUGCAAAAUCACAGAUAAGUUCAAUCUUUUUGAGAUUGCAUUGAACUGUGUUGUUCAGGAUGGCUGGUGGAAGGGACUAAAUGAUCAAAAAGUCAAGAACUUGAUUCCACCAAAGAAGUUUGCUCCUAUGUUGGAGAAAUUAAAAAGCUAUAUGAACGAUAACCAUUUAUCACUACCCGAAGUUGCAAACCCCGCUGAAAUUGUUCUUUCUGAAAACGCUGAUGGACCACCGGUGCUUCCUUCUGCCGAAAUUGUCAAUCCACCAUCAGUGAUUCCUGCACCAACACCAGCUCCUCAGUUAAAUCCAUCGGAAAUCUUCCUACCACAAACUCAAUCGCCUCCUCCUCCACCAGUACAACAGAUACUAAAUGAAGGUUUAGAAGAAGAAAAACCGCUUGAAGAAAUAAGCUUAAUUUUCCCGUCUGUUGAUGAAAGUGAAAAGAUGCGUGUAUCCAAUUUAGUUCAAGCUGGAGAACUGAUGUAUAUCAAUAAAAAACGAGAUGAUAUUCUAUCGACGAUCGUCCGAGAUUUUCGUACUAAAAAACAUUUUCUAUUAUUCAUCGAAGAAUGUUUAAUCCCACUGAUGUAUCUACUGAAACGACACCAGAAUCUAGAUGAUUUUAUGGAAGCACUCUCGUUUAAAUUAUCACAAGUGUUUGGUCUUUCCGCAGAAACAGUUCCAAAAAU